AGUGGCUGAACGGUACGAGUACAACGUACAUGUAUCAUACAAGGAGUGGCAACUCACCCGGUGUUGUCCAGCACCUCAUGUACCGGUACACUACGGCAUGGAUUAUUUGCAACCGUGGCACCCUGGUGAUGUACCGGUACCGGUACCAGGCUGAUCACUUAAGUCUUGUGGCUUCUGGCGUAAUGUCAGAAGAAGCCUUCUUACAUAAAUCUCUGAGUGCCUUUGCUCACGCUUUCUGCGCCGUUUCAUUUGGAGUGAAGAGUUUGUCGCAUGAUUUGAUAAUCAUGCCGCCAUUGCGCCACAGAAAUAAAUAUUAACCAGGCUUCUAAAGGCAAAGAAGGGGCGGAAUUCAGGACUACCGAAGGUUCGUCGGGAACAGGGGAGACACAAAUACUGUACUAUACGAUCGGCUGCUGCUCUCACAGCUACCGGUAUCGAUCUGGUCUACUUGGAAUUAUUCUGGUAUUCUGGUAUACCCUCCAAACACUGCCUCUUUCUUUACGCCCCAACGGCAUACUCGACUCGACUUGAUCAGCCCACCUCAUAAGUCUAACUUGAGAUGUCCAACUCAAAUAGGCCGCCAGGUCGAGAGUUUCCACCAGCAGAUCGUGGGCAACCGGCAGCUGCAUUCCCCCAAAUUCAACCUCCUUCCCGCCCUCCCCCUUAUGGCCGCCAUCAUUAUCAGCGACAUCCUCCUCCUAUGCCCCAUCAUUGGGGUCCCCAACCUGGGUAUCACAAUGCGGCUUCGUUUUCGCCUAACUAGUCGACAAUCAUCGCAAUCCAUGGCCACUCCCAUCCCUCGUCAGGGUUAUCGGCCACUUCCCCAUGGAUUUGCCCCACAUCCGCCCACACAAUGCCACCCUCACUUUCUCCGCAACAACUUCCAUCAUGUUCCUGGGUCGCGACCUCAUCCUCCUGGCUAUGGCUACACUCCACCAGCUGCUACUGAGAAAAAUCAAUUCAGGAAAAAUCACCAAGUACAUCAGGAGCACAUGGGGCAGUCUCAAAAGCCUACUAGUCAGGAAGCAAGGCGCCAGGUUAACAAACCUCAAGCAGCCAAUGCCGACCCGCCAUCAGGAAGUCCUUCUGCGCGGAAUCCAGUUUCCAAGAAGAGGGAAGGGGAAAAUCCACCACAACAGCAGACAACAAAAGAAGGAAACUCGCCACCGCCUGCAAGAGAAGAUGAUGUUCCUUGGGAAGAACAAUAUACAAAGAUAAAGAUAUUCUUUGAGGAUCAUCAACACUGUGUUGUUCCGGGCUCUUUCGGUGGUAAGAAACUAGCAAAUUGGUACUCCAACCAGAAACGGGAUUUGAAGAAUGGAACAAUGAGGGCUGACAGGGUGGAAUUGCUUCGGGCAAUCAAGUUUGGCUGUUACGUUACAAAAUGGAAUAUUGAUUUCAGCAAGCUGCAAAAAUUCAAGGCAGACAACAAUGAUGGACGCUGCAUGCCUUCAUCAACAGAUAGUCAAAACCACGAACUAUUCAAUUGGGCCAAGAUGCAGAAAAUCAAAUUGACAAACAACCACAAGACUCUAACGGCUGAAAUGCGACAAAAGCUCAUGGAUCAUUUUGAUCUAAAUCCGGAGAUUGAGAGUGCAAAACGGGCUGCAAGUGAACUGCAUGGGAGUGCCAAGUGCGCCAAGGCAGCAAGGACGUGAAGAUAUGGCCCUCGUUUAGCUCUUGUUCCAUAGGGUACAGUGAUGCUGUGACGAUACUGGCGCGCGCUGCCGGAAAUGUACUUUUUUGCACUGGCAGCUCCUUGUGCCCAUCGUUGCCCCAACGGUACCGAUACGUAAAAUCGAAUCGAAUCAUUCAAUCGAAUCGGCGGCUUCGCAGACGUUUCAUGAUAGCUCUGCAUAUUCGUUUGCUUGCUGGGUGCCUCUCAGCAGUAGGUAAGCAACCAAUGUACUGGCACCUCGUUACAGAUGCAAUAUUACUGUAGUAUUGGAAGCGCUUGAUGCCUCCGGCCGUCAAGUAUUCUUUGUGAUGGAUCUCCGCAACCGGUAGAGAAUUCUGUUCCGGUACUGGCUAGUAAAUGCUUGAAUUAUCCUCCUGGUACCGCAAUACUCCAUAAAAUAUUAAUAACGUUUUCGUCGAAGGAUGGUCCAACAGCUCCUUUGGCUUGGAGUCCGCAGUGGCAGCAUCUCACUCUUCAAGCACUCCGGCAAAGUACCAUGUUUUGAGUUAGAAAGGCAACGCGCUCCGGAAAAGUACCAUAUUUUGAGAUACAAUGGGAAGCGCUCCGGCCCUAUUAAUAGAUAGGAAGGCCUCCGGAAGAGUUAAAAGGGGAGCGCUCCGGUAAACUACCAUAUUUUGAGUUACAAGGCAACGCGCUCCGGUAAACUACCAUGUUUUGAGUUAGAAGGCAACGCGCUCCGGUAAAGUACCAUAUUUUGAG